AUGAACAGUUUUGACCCCCAAAGACAAGACUUGUUGAAACAGAGAUGGCAAGAUAGAAGACAAAUCAUGGGUGCACCUUCAAACUCUUCUUCUUUAGCUUUCUACGGUAAUAGCAACAACAACAACAACUCUACCAACGCUACUAUGGCCAAGUAUAGCAACAAAUUCCUAGGCUUCCCUGGGCUUGAGGAUGAUGAUCUUGUCUCCACUGUGGUUCCUGCAGUGACAGUUGUUUUAGAGGGACGUUCCAUCUGCCAACGCAUCAGUCUCCAUAACCAUGCUAGCUACCAAAGUCUCGCCAAAGCCCUUCGCCAAAUGUUCGUGGAUGGUUCUGAUGAUGCUGCAGAGAGUGAUGAUCUUGACCUGUCCAAUGCCAUUCCUGGUCACCUUGUUGCCUAUGAAGACAUGGAAAACGAUCUUCUUCUAGCUGGUGACCUUAGUUGGAAGGAUUUUGUACGUGUGGCAAAGAGAAUUCGGAUACUUCCAACCAAGGGGAACUCAAGGAAAGGUACGACAAGAGGGGCAUAA